AUGCCUCCUACCGACCCUGAGCAGCCUCUCACUGCUGCCGAGAAGGCAGCCUUCGCAAAGCUGGCACAGCGCUGGGACUACCAGCCACUCGAUGCCGUCUCCACCGCCUUCACCGCCGGGAGCAGUAUCUCCUUCACUGUCGCUGAUUUCACCCCUGCGCACUUCGAACAGGAAGACUUGUCGCUGAACAAGAAGCUCUGGAGUCUGUGGCAAACCAGUAAGCUGAACGAGUACAUCAAGAAGAACCAGAAUGAAGCCGACCGUCACUUCAAGCCGCUGAGCGAGUACUGGCCCGAGCAGGAAGAGCCCGCGUUCGACCUGGACAAGCUCAGGACAGCCCUCCCGUUUGCCGAGCGUGCACGCCUCGCAUCGAACCUCCGCCUCAUCAACGAGCUGCACAUGUGGGCACACAAGACAGGUCUCCUCCCCGCUACCACCCUGAACCACGGAAUCAACCCUGUUGCGCUGCUCGAGAAUCGGAAGAUCAUGUUUGAUGUUGUGCCUCUCUCUAAGGCCAUUGAGUCUGGGAAGAAGCUCAAGGCCAAGGCAGACGCGAUCUUCGACACCAUUCCUCAUGGGACUGAUGAGAAGACCGCCGCCCAGAAGCGCGCGGGUCACAAGGCCACCAUCGAGGCGCUGGGCGGAUACUGCUCUGCUCUGUUGGGACUGUGGCCAUGGUCUGCCAGUGGACUCAUCAUGUCUCCUGAGGUUGCCUUUGGGGAGGCCGUACUGUGGCGCAAGCUGGCUACGGUCGCGAUCGCACUUCACGAUUACUCUGGCCGCAACAAGGAGGGAGACGGGAUGUACUUCGCAGUCCUUGCCAGGUUGUGCAACCUCGUCCCUUUGCUGACGCGGUACGCGCCCCUGGGUGAAUUCUGGCAGGCGUACGGCGGCAUGAUGAUGCACGCCAUGACCGUCCCGCCCCUCGGCUACGGUUACGAGAUGGCAGUGGGCAUGGAUGGCAUGUGCUUCAUGACGAUCUACGACGGGGGUGACAGCGGGAAUGUUGACCGCUCCCACAUGAAGCGCUCCCCCGAGGAGUUUGAGAACAUGAGGUCCGCACAGCAAGCGAAGGCUACUGCCGAGUGGGAAGCGGAGGACAGCAAGGGCGAGAGGCAGCAGAGGAAGUACUACAACCGCCGCGGUAAGGUAAUCGGCACCGGGCCCGACGUCCCUAUGCGCCUCACGGGUCAUAUCGCGUCCGCGCACCAGAUCAGCAAGCCCUCAGCCAAGUACCCCUGUGACUAG